AUGGGGGAUUACUCUGAAGUUGGGGCAACUAUUGUUGACUUUAAAAAUUUCAUAAGGGAUCUUAGAGCCUUCAUAUUGGGUGCUGAUGCACAAAUACUCGUGCAUAAUCUUGUUAAAAAACAAGAGAUGUGCCCCGCAUUUGCUUUUGAGUAUGAUGUUGAUGAAGAUGAGCAGAAGAGUAGAUUAUUUUGGGCAUCAAAGUCACAUGGUUUAUAUAGUCAAAUUGUGGGGGAUUACUCUGAAGUUGGGGCAACUAUUGUUGACUUUAAAAAUUUCAUAAGGGAUCUUAGAGCCUUCAUAUUGGGUGCUGAUGCACAAAUACUCGUGCAUAAUCUUGUUAAAAAACAAGAGAUGUGCCCCGCAUUUGCUUUUGAGUAUGAUGUUGAUGAAGAUGAGCAGAAGAGUAGAUUAUUUUGGGCAGAUCCAAUCUCAAAAAUGAAUUUUGCUGCAUUUGGAGAUGUUGUCUCUUUUGAUGCUACAUAUUCAACCAACAUGUAUUAUUCUAUUAACGUGCUUACGUACGAUAUGGUUUUUACACCCUUCACAGGAUUUGAUAAUCAUAAAAAAUGUAUCACAUUUGGUGCUGGACUGUUGUUGAAAGAGGACAUCGAGUCUUACGUUUGGCUAUUUGAAAAUUUUAAAAAGGCAAUGGGCAUGGUGGAACCAAGGAUAAUUGUUACUGAUCAUGAUCCAGCUAUGAAAGUGGCAAUUCCAAGAGUUUUCAAGCAAGCUAGGCAUCAUUAUUGCAUGUGGCACAUUAUCUAUAAAGUUGGAGAAAAGGUUGGUCCUACAUUGAACAAGAAUGAGGAGUUUAAGAACAAACUGAACUCCAUUGUUUGGACAUCUUUUUUGGAACCUGCUGAUUUUGAGACACAAUGGAAACAGCUCAUGGAAAAGUUCAACCUAGUUGAACACAAUUGGUUUACCAAUAUGUUUGAGGCAAGAAACAGUUGGAUCCCAGCCUAUUUUAGUGAUGUUUUUAUGGGAGGUCUACUUAGGACUACGUCGCGUUCUGAAAGUGAGAACUACACAUACAGUCAUUUUACGGGCCCGCAGUCUAGCCUAGUUGAAUUUAUGAUGAACUUUGACAGUGCUCUUAAUUCACAGCGUAACACAAAUGCAAAAAACAACAGUGACAUUGAAGGCUACAAUCCAGAUAUGAAGACACCGGUGUUGAGUGUUAGAGAAGAUGCUGGAAUAUUACACUAUGAGAUUAUGGAUGGAAAUGAUAGAAUAUUUAGUGUGGUGCACAAUGCAAAUGAACAAGAGGCAACAUGUAGUUGCAAAAUGUUUGAGAUGGUUGGACUGUUGUGUAGACAUGUAUUUGUGGUCUUUAAAGACCUUGAAAAGAUACCUCUGAAGUAUGUUGUUAAUCGAUGGACUAAGGAUGCAUCUUUAAAGGCUACAUUUGAAAUUGAUGGAAAGGAAAAGUUAUCCCCUCAGCAUAGCAAGAAGACUGUUAUAGAAUCCUUUUGCGGAUCAACAGAGAUUUUGAACAUCAAUAUACUUCCCCCGAAGCAUGCGAAGAACAAGGGCAACGGGAAACGUAUCAAAAGCAGCAAGGAGUUGGCAAUGGAAAAAGAAAAAGGCAGGAGGUGCAAUAUUUGUGGGUUUAGAGGAGAUCAACAUGACACCAGGACUUGCCCACUUAACCCAAAAAACAAGGACAAACAAAAGGCAUCCGACAUGCUGCCAGCCUGCCAAAACUCUCAACUCUCAGCUUUGGAUGAUGUUUGGAUGCAGCAUGGUGAGCUUGAAGCUGAGAAUGACGAAUGA